ACAUCCCUCGCCCACACGCCCCAACCCUACCUUUACCUUCUUCUCAACAGCGAUUCCAUUCCUUUACAAAUACCCCACCACUCGCCCUCUUCUCUCCCUUUCUCAAAAUAUUUAACCAAAAGCAACCCCCCCUUCUUUCCUUUUCCUUCAUUUCCCUCCCUCCCUCUUUCUUUCUCUUCUCCAUCUACGUAUGUAUGAAAAAGAGGUUUCAGGAAAUGGGCAAGUACAUGAGGAAAGCUAAAACCACAAGCGAUGUAGCCGUCAUGGACUUGACUCACGGUGUCCGUACACGAGCCAGAACCCUAGCUCUCAAGAAACAACAAGGGGUCAAAGCAUCUCCUCCAUCGUCUCCUGCUGGUUACCUCCAGCUUCGCAGCCGCCGUCUCGAGAAGAAACCGCCCCCAAUUCCUUCAUUGCAUCAUGAUUCUCCCAGAAGGCAGCAUCAUAGGCAGGGUGGUCAGAAUAGUAGUAAAUUGGGUCAGCAGCAGCAGCAGCAAGAAGAAGAAGAAAGCCGUAGCCCUAAUCUGAAAUCGAGUUCCGGGUCGGGUCAACAAAAAGAAAGGGGAGAGAGUAAAGUGGACAGUAGAGAAGUUGAAGAGAAUAAUAACAGCAACAGUAAAGACUUGGGUUCUUUUGGAGAUAAUGUUUUGGAUAUUGAAGGUAGAGAUAGGAGCACUAGGGAAUCGACUCCUUGCAAUUUAACAAGAGGCACAGAAGACGCAACAACCCCUGGUUCUACUACUAAGCCUGCAAACACAACUGAAAGUAGCAGGAGGUUACAUAACUCAACUAGAAGACACAUCCCAACGGCCCAUGAAAUGGAUGAGUUCUUUGGCCCGGCUGAAGAAGAGCAGCUAAGGCAAUUUACUGAGAAGUAUAACUUUGACCCCGUUAGUGACAAGCCUCUCCAUGGACGUUAUGAAUGGGAGAAAUUGGAUCGUUAGAAGACAUUAGCAUCCCAUCAGGACAUUUCCUGCAAAUUAACGGUUGAUCUCGUGCUUACCAUUGUAGAAGUAGCAGGAAUUAGUAGUGGUGUUCAAACGGUGGUGGUGGUGUUAUUUCCAUUUUCCAUCGCCUGUUCUUUUAGUUGUAAAGAAAGUAGGUUUGUCAAGCAUGUGUAGACUAAUGGUCUGUAACAUAACAGGGGGCUAUGGGGGGUUACUCAACAAAAUACAAACCAAAGUCCUAUGUCUAACAGAUCAUCUGAGAGGGGAAGUGAAAAAGAUGUAGAUGUUAGGCUUCAGUGAAUUAGGUCAGUCUCUCUGGUACAGAAAUUUACUAGAUUUUCUUUUUCCCCUAGUACUGUAUUUUCCUCCCCUAUGUACUGAUGCAACUUCUAAAAACUCUCUGGAAUAAGCAUACGAUCCUUUUCCCCUC